AUGGCGUCUUAUUUCCAAAACUAUUUUCAAGCAUCCUCGAUGCCCAAACGAUUGCUUCAAUAUGCGCUUUCGAGACUGGAGAUCCUCGAUACAGAGGCGCUGGACUUGGAGAACUUGGAUAUUGCGUGGGGAAAGAAUAGCACAUUUGAAUUUAAGGAUGUUGGGUUGAGGUUAAAGAAACUCGAGACUUUACUGCAACUUCCAACUACGAUCGCAAUAACCAAAGCUAAAGUACUACUGCUGCGACUCACAAUACCAGUGGACAUAUAUAGUAGCCCGAUAUUGGUGGAGGUUGAGGGGGUGGAUUGCCAGUUGAGAGUACGGGAGGAGAAGAGCACACAUAAUUCGCGGACAAACCAUGACCGGUUACGGAAGAAGUCGAUAUCGAGGAAUCCAGGCCCAGAUCCCACGCUUCCAACUGCGGCGGAUCUUGCAGCAUCAUUUCUACAAACGGAGCCGAGAGAAGAGAAGGCAGAGUUGGAGGCAGCAAUACUUGGGGAGACACGGGAUAUGUCAGAAUCCGUUGCAUCUAGUGAGGAUGGAGAUAUGGACGUACCCGUUGGGACCGGAACAGCUCUCUCGUUGCCCGCAUUCAUGGCGAGGUUUUUACAGGGGAUUGUGGAUCGAUUACAGGUACGGGUACAUGGAAUUACCUUUAACGUGGAUGUCGAUAUUGCCGCGGAAGCACCCAUGCCAAAUCAUACCAAAGAUCCGGUUACUUUACAGCUGAAGAUUGACGAUGUCGACAUAGAGGGCGUUACUCAUGAUAUCGAAUCUACCCAGGCAAAAGGGGGAAAAGAUAUUACGUCAUUGUUUAAGGAAGGAAAGAGACUCAUCUGUCUGAGUAAUAUACGGGGAGCACUCAUCUCAGAAGCCAACCUGUUUCAAACUCUCUCUCGCUCGUCCUCCGUCGUAUCCCCAGUAGCUACGCACUCUGAUAUAUCCGAGUCUAGGCGGGCUACUGAAAAGCAGCGAUCUUCUGAAGAAACACAGGUCUUAUCACCAGAAAGUGUGCGUGCAUUUGAUGGAGCAACUUCUAUUAGUCCUCUUUCGUCGCCUGUGUCAUCAAGAAGACCCUCAGAAUCUUCUCUCCCCGAAAUUAGACGUCCGUCACCACCCUUGAGACAUUCACCGCCGUUAAAAGCUUCGAUAGUUGCUAGUGACAGUGGACGAUUCGAUGAUGCAUCUGAAGAUGGGCACUCCAAUCGUUCUGGUAGCGUGCUCGGGGAUAUCGAUAGUGAGAUGGGAGACAGUAUUCUCCAAAACUCGGCGUAUCUGGACCAGAUCACUGAGUCUCAAUUUUUGGACGAUCACGAGAAAGACGAAUGGAGGAGACCUUCAUCUUCUCAGUCUGGAACAGAGAGAGAAGGUGCUUCUAAGAAAAACUCGCGAACAUCAACACCCAGGGCCUCGACUCACGUUUCUCCAUCCUCUAGUCAGGCUCUGGAGAUCAACACAUUCCCUAGUUUAAGCAGAGCGCAUAACAUGUUGCAGUCCACGAUGUUACCUCCGAGGGCUCAUACUAGAUUUUCUGUGGAGCGAGUAUCUCACUCACAGCCCACGCUUCCGCCUAAGGCAGCGGCACUUAAUCAGAGCUAUUCCGGCCAGCAACUUAGGCCUUUGCCAGACGUUGAUGCUAUGAGUGAAAGUGGGAGCUCAGUCAUUUCAAUCUCGAAUGAAGACGUGGGCGAGGACCUCGCACAAUCUCAGUUGUUCAGCCAUGAAGAUGCCGAGAGUAUGUAUAUGAGUGCCCUCUCUUACACCUCCGCUGCUCCAAUCCCUGGUGGCUGGGCAGAUUCCGGCACUGACAGCGAAUAUGCGCGGUCUCCGCCAGCCACACCUAGGGGCUCUAAUCUACCAGAUACAUGUGACAAUCUCGAGCAUGCUCGUCAUGUUAAUCCUCUGGGUGGCGCAUCAGAUGAAGAUCCUCUCGAGCAAUCCACAAUACUACCUUCAAGGUCGCUGCACGAAUCGAAAAGGAGUUUUGGUUCCAUGCGCCCGGAAACUCCUCGUCAAUCCUCACCGUUACAAAAAGUUCCAAGCAAUGUUUCGGUGAAAUCAACUGCUUCUACUGAUGACUAUAGCCGAAUGACGAAGCAGAUCUUUAGCCUCGAUCAAGUCGCAAUCUACAUACCAGCGAUGAAUGAUCCUUCCUCUGAUCCAGUAGAUGCCGUCGCGGAAUCUACACUAUUCGGCAGCACCUUUGAUGGACAUAAUGAUACUUCUCCCUCAAAAUUGAUGAAUCUUCCUGGGUCAUUUUAUACGCAUUUACCUAGAGAACCACCUUUGCGUUCAUUGCCCAGACCUGCACCGCGGAUUACAGUACAGCCAGCGAAGAAGCUUGAAGAGGACAAAUCGAUUGAGGUUGAUGUGGGGACCUUACUGGCUUAUUUUGAUGUAUCUGUAGGCAGGCUGAUUUACAAACUUGUUUGCCAGAUUCAAGAAUCUAUAAAACAAGAGCCACAAGCCACUGCAAUAAGCAAACCCACAAUCAGCUCUCCUGAACCACACCUUAAGAUCAGUGCCAAAGAGAUUUCACUUAUGUUUUUGGAACGACUUGAGGGUAAGCUAGGCUCACACAGUGCACAAUCAACCGAAAAGACAUUAGAUUCGGAUGUUCUUCUCAGGACUACAUUGAAGGGGCUUAACGUCUCUAGAAAGUCCUCGGGUUCUAUAAUCCAGACUGGCAUAACACUCCAGAAAUUCCUUUUCGGCUAUGCUCAAGAAAAUAUCGUUUCUUUUGAUACUGGUCUCCAAAUGAGGGCUUCUGUUCGUGAUCUAGCCGCUUCUGCUGGUAUCGAUGUGUCUGUCGAUAUAUACCAAAGUCCUGAUAGUACUCGAUAUGACGUACAGACAUUACCAUUGCAUGUGGCGGUCGACCUGCAACGACUUGAUGAGACCUUUAGUUGGUUUGGAGGAUUGGGCAGCGUGCUUAACCUUGGUAGCUCGAUAGCGUCAAAUGCGACGGUCACUUCUAGCCCUGCACUAAAACCGAAGUCUAAGGGUGUACGAUUCGAUACGCCUAUCGAACCUGAUGAUCAGACGGUGGCAGCGCAGAAUAAAGCAGAUGUUAGAAUUGGCGGACUUAUUUUGAACUUGGUUGGUACUGAUUGCAGCGUGGGAGUUGAAACAUCUGCUGUGAAGCUAGUCAGUCGAGAGGAAGUAAUAGGCAUCGCCAUCAACAAGAUCAGAUUGUCCGGGCCGCACCUCAAGCAUUCGAAUGAAGAUCCUGUCAUCUUGGUAGAUGUUUCUAAAACACGAGUUGAGUUCUUAAACUCGCCUCAGGAUACUGAUAUAGGCCGAUUGCUGGACCUGAUCGCACCGUCAAAAUCGAAGUAUGAUCAGGAUGAUGAUAUCCUCUUAGACACCCUUCUUCGUCAACGUCGACAAGGGUCUGUACUACGACUUACUGUAGAUGAUCUACAGGUCAAGAUGGGUAGACUACACGAGCUUAGCUACCUGCCAGAAUUGGGCGAAGAGGUUGCGAGACUGUCGACCGUCGCAAAGUAUCUACCUGACGAUGAUCGACCAGGUCUCCUCUCUUUGGUAUCAGUCAAGAAUUUUGGGGUCGAUAUCAAUGUCAAUAACACUGUGGGUAGUGUUCAGCUCAACGCAACGGAUUUGGAGGUGGCGCAGAUCCCGAUACCAUCUCUAGUAGCGCUCAGUAUCGCCACGGUUUCUGCUCAUCGAAACUAUUCUGAGGAAUUGAUCGGUGCGGGCACAGAUCAAGUGUUUAAGGAGUCGGAAACGCGAACUUCGACUAUAAUGGCUCGACUGAUUGGCGAUGAGAUGGAGCCAAUCGUGAGGAUUAAAGUUUGGAAUCUGAGGGCCGAGUACCGUGUGCCUACACUGAUGGUACUACUCGGACUGGCGGAUGGUACAACCGGAGAUGACUUAUCAUCAAGUCUUACGGCUUCAGUCGCUACUCUAAGGGAUUUGGCACAACCUAGAACUUCAAAGGGCAAGGGGAAAAGCGUCGAGAAGAGUCCUAUACCCAACAGUAGUCAAGCAAAACCCAUGACGAUUGAUGUUGUCCUAACAGACUGCAUCUUGGGUCUUAAUCCCCUUGGCUUACCUUCAAAGAUUCUCGUUGUGUUCACUGAGGCACAUAUCGCUGCAGUUUUGCCAAAGGAUCAGAACGCAAGUGCCACGGCCGAAUUGAGCAAGGCUUCUCUCCUAGUCAUCGACAAUAUCGCACACCUUUCAAGUACUUUGCCGUUAAAUCGCAAAAGAAAUUCCUUCGAUGGUGGCAGUAAUCAAGUCUCAGAUCUUUGUGCAAUGGGGUAUGUGUCAGUUAGUUAUAUGUCAUCUGCGAAAGCCACCGUUUUUCUUUCUGUCGACGAAGAUGGUCAGAAUUGUUUAGAUGUCGAGCUGCGAGAUGAUCUCUUCGUUCUUGAAUCGUGCGCUGAUUCUACGCAAACAUUGAUCAAUGCACUUGGUAAAUUGGCUCCGCCGGCACCACCUCCAAGCAAGGAAACCAAGUACCGCACGAAAAUUAUCCCAGUCAAGGAUCUACUGGCAUCUUUAUCUGGCGAUGCAUUUGGAACUGCUGAGGGUAACUACGAUUUCGAUAACGAUUUUGGCGAUCUUGCGGAUGUGGUAGAAGAAGAUGAGGGAGAGGGCGAGCUUGGUUUUGACUCGGAGUACUACAUAGAUGAAUCCGACGAAGGGUAUAGACAAGCAGUCCUCGAAGAUUUGGACGAGUCUUUAGCAUCCUUGAACUUAACGGUACGCGAGACUCGAGAUGGUGUGUUACUGGACAGUUUUGUGGAAGAACCGGAAGUUGGAAACGGUGCUUUGUCGUUUCAUGAAGAUCAUUUUGGCACAGGCACAGGCUCAGUACUGGAAGGGACAGCUCAUAGGUGGAACUCUGCGAGGAACACCUAUGACACAUCCAACGAAAGGAAGGUUCAAAAGAGUCCGUUGAAAAUUUGCAUUCGAGACGUUCACAUCAUCUGGAACCUAUUCGAUGGGUAUGAUUGGCAAGCCACUCGAGAUGCCAUCUCAAAAGCUGUCCAAGAUGUCGAAUCAAAAGCCAUCGAAAAGCGAGCUCGUAAUGAAAGACGGCCAACCUUUGAGCAAGACAUUGAUGAUGAUGAAGACACUGAGAUUGGGGACUUCUUAUUCAACUCGAUAUGGGUUGGCAUUCCAAACAAUCGUGAUCCUCGAGAACUUGCCGCCGCGAUUAACCAGGAAUUGAACGACAACGCUACCGAGACGGAGUCAAUAGCUACGACCAACUAUACAGUCACUCCAAGUAGACAAGGAAGUGGUCACAAGCCCAAGAAGCUUCGACUCAGUCGAAGUAAACACCACAAGAUCACUUUCGAGCUGAGGGGAGUCUGUGUCGACCUUGUGACUUUCCCUCCUAGUGGCGAGACCCAAAGUUCUGUGGAUAUUCGUGUUCAUGAUCUCGAGGUUUUUGAUCAUAUUCCCACUUCUACUUGGAGGAAAUUUGCUACUUAUAUGCAAGAUGCAGGUGAGAGGGAAAAGGGGUCAAACAUGGCUCAUAUUGAGAUCCUAAAUGUCAAGCCUGUUUCGUACCUAGCUGCAUCUGAAAUUGUUCUCAAAGUAACAAUUCUUCCACUUCGCCUUCACGUUGAUCAGGACGCUCUCGACUUCAUCACCAGGUUCUUCGAGUUCAAAGAGGAGUCGGAUAUCCUACCAGGAGCACCAAGCGAAGAGCCUUUUCUUCAAAGAGUCGAAGUCAAUUCCGUACAAGUCAAACUUGACUUCAAGCCGAAACGCGUUGAUUACGCUGGUCUUCGUUCCGGUCACACGACCGAAUUCAUGAACUUCUUAAUCCUAGACGAAGCAGAUAUGACUCUUAGGCAUACCAUCAUCUACGGUAUAUCUGGAUUUGAGAAGAUGGGCAAAUGUCUCAAUGAUAUUUGGAUGCCAGAUAUAAAGAGGAAUCAACUCCCUGGUAUCUUGGCCGGCUUAGCUCCAGUCCGUUCAAUUGUCAAUGUCGGAGGUGGCAUCAAAGAUCUCGUGGUGAUACCAAUGCACGAAUACAAGAAGGAUGGUCGUAUAGUCCGUAGCAUCUCCAAAGGCGCCGCCGCCUUUGCGAAAACGACCGGUACCGAGCUUGUCAAACUCGGAGCGAAAGUUGCCAUUGGCGUGCAAACUGUCCUUCAAGGCGCGGAAGAUUUCCUAGGCCCUCAAGACUCUCCCCAUUCCCAUUCCCAUGGCAACUCCAGCGAAGAUGAAGAAGAGCGCAAGCAGAUCUCGCUCUAUGCCAAUCAACCUGUAGGUGUAUUCCAAGGCCUUAGAGGCGGAUAUGCAGGGUUGCAAAGAGAUUUGAUCAUGGCGCGCGAUGCAAUUAUUGCUGUCCCUGGAGAGGUGAUGGAAGGGGGUAAUGCGAAGGGAGUCUUGAGGGCAGUGAGGAAACAUGCUCCCACUGUCAUACUGAGGCCGGCAAUUGGGGUUGCGAAGGGAGCGGGGCAGGUGUUGAUGGGUGCUACGAAUAGCUUGGAUAAGAGGAAUUUGGAGAGGGCUGAUGCUAAAUAUAAAAAGCAUUGA